AUCGUGAUAUUUUAUUUUUCUUUCUCAUAAGGAAAACGUUAUAUUAAUAAAAUUAACAUAAGUUAAAAGAUCGAAUGGAUAAUUGACUAGAGUGAAGUAAGUAUAUUUCAAGCAGCAAGAAUUAAAAAUAUGAAUUACGACGGAAGCGUUAUGAUAUCUUUCCGUUUUCGAUAGUUAACGUAUUAAAAAGUAUUACAAUCGAAAGUAAAUAUCCGUUUAAUUAUUCGAUUGGUUUUGACGAACAAUCCUUGCAGAUUGUGGAAAGUAGCGCCUCGACGUUCGUUAAUAAGUAAUUUAAUAAGAUAAGGGUUCGUGUUCUAGGAUCGUUUUAAAAAUAAAUUUCUCGCUUGGAUCAGCGCGUCCCUGAGCAAUCAAUAUGGCCUCCAGUUCUACGCGGGGCCCGACAGUGCAGAGCAGGUUUUUCUCGAAAUACCAUCGAUAGGAGCGAGUCGCCUUGAAAAUAAAUUAGCCAAGACGCUGACCGAUUUGGUAAAGCUCAUUUUCGUAGUGAUAAGAAGCAUUUGAGUUACGGUGUUCAGUCAAAAAGAAAUAUCAAAAGACUACAGUCUGUGCACAUAGCGCGUAAGAAAUUAUAUAUACAUAUAUACAUAUAUAUACACACCUAUAUACAUAUGUAUAUAUAAAUAUAUGUAUACAGAUCUCUGUGUGUAUUCCAUCGGUGAACCGAUAUUCGUUUCCGUUUCACAUUUAACCGGUGCCAUGAUAAUAAUUCAUAGACAUUCCAGUUAAUAACUAUUGUUUUCUAACUUGGACGCUUUGUGCUUCGAUCUUACCGAACCUCGUGCCUUCGUAUCUCCGCGGCAUUUCUUAUACGGCGCCAUGUCCGAGUGUAAAAGUCAGGAUGCCGCUACUACGAAAGAGGGUUGCCAAGAAGAGAGCGAAGACUCGGACAUGGCUAAUGAAGUCGAAGAUAAGGUCAGUAUCCAGCAGAUUCUUGAGGGAAUGACCAACGAAUUUAACAAAAGUGUAAGUCCAGUCAAAAGCGUAGAUGCUAAUCGACCCUUGGAAAAUCCGGAUCACGAGGAACCCCAGAAACCGUCCGUGACGAUCGACAAUGAGAUAUCGAACGGCGUUAACGGAAAUUCUAACGUGGACAAUUCUGAGGAUGAUACGACAACUUCAACGAUGACUUCAACAAUUUCGACGACUUCGACGACGAUGAUGACGACGACGACGACGACGACGACGGCAACGACGGCGACGACGACGACGAUGGCUAUGGUGACGAUGACGACGACGACGACGACAACGUCGACAACAACGACAACGAUGACGGCGACAACAGCGGUAGCGUCAGCAACGAUGACUCCAACAAUAACACAACAAGAAAAUAACGUGGAAUCGAUAAUAGAAGAAAAUCAUCGAGGAGAAGAUGAAGGUCCUCUGAAACAGGAUGUAGUUAAGAAGGAUAGUAACAUACCACGAAUAGUUUUAACAUUUAGAACAAUCGACGAGAAUACAGAUCAUGGAAAGAAAACAAAAAUAUCCAGCUGUUCCUCUAAUCUUACUUUAGUACCCGAUGAGCUGGCCAAUUGUGAUCAAAUCGGUGGUGUUUCUGUUAAAAUAGAAAAUCCAGAUGAAAGUUCUGAUAUCGUAGAGAAGUCUGAUUCUGAGGAAUGUAAAAUUGAAGAACCAACGAAAGAUAAUCAUCAGGAGAAAGAUAAAGAAGAAGAGAAGGAAGUUAAAGAGCAGGAAAAAAGCAAAAAUAUGGAACCUGUUGACGAUGAAAAGAACAACAAAGAGAAGGAUAGUAAUCAAGAGACUGCUGUUCCUUUAGCCAAAGCUGCUGAACCGCCAGAACCUACACCACCAAUAACCAGAAAGAGAAGAGUUGGACGACCUAGAUUAAGAACACUUAGUGACUCGACAGAAGAAACUCCAGGUCCCAAACGUUCUGCGAGAAGAUUGUGCAAAAAAUCCUUUAAAAGUACAGUUUUAGAAAGUGCAAUGGCAAUAAAAGAAAAAUCUAAUUAUACUGAGGAACACUUAAAAUUUAAAAAGCAGAGAAAAUACAGUAAACCUGGACGACCAAAAAAGCUACCUCAUGGAAAGGAACAAGCAAAACAAACUCAGAGCAAAGCAUCUGAUGCUCGUCAAGAGUCAGAAGCUUCUCUUCCUGAUAUAGAUAAUAAUGCUUCUGAGGUAAAUAUGAGUUUAGAGAGUUCUAGAAAUUCUAUUACAGUAGAAGGAAGUACAAAUGAUACGACUUUGGAUGAAUCUCAAAGCUACUCAUCUGAAUUUGAUGGUAUGCCUAAACUGUCUCCAAUGACGAGAAGUUCAGAUGUACAAACUAAAUUAGGUAGUUCUAUUGGUAGUCCUUUGAGUGAUGAAACACCUUUAGCAGAUAUAGAGAAACCUUUUUUAAAGCCUGCUACUGCUGGUAGACCUAAAAGAGAGAGAGGUCGUCCUCGUGGAAGUCAAGCUGCUCGAAAAAUAGCUAAAGCGGAUUCGUUUGAAGAUGGUUCACCAUCCAUUGCAGAAGUAGGAAAACACAAUGAUUACCCAGAAGGUAAAUCAAAUUUAUAUUAGAUAUUUCAUAUCACUAUUGAUGUAGUAUUUAAUAAUAUAUAUAUAUAUAAUUUCCCAGAAGGUACUGUACCUGCAAAAAGAACCCGUAGAAGUAUGGCUCCUAGUCCAAGUCCUGCAGAAGGACAAGCUUCAAAACCAGAAUCAACUGCUGUUGUUAGUGAAACCUAUGGACAAUCUAUGCUAUGUUUAUGUCAAGUACGAUCUCAACUUUAUGUGACAAUAACUGGCUCUGGUGCACCUCUUUACUGUACAGCAAUAGAUUCUAUUGAUAAUAGAUUAGUAGGAUGUUGUAAUGAAGUUGAUAGUAAUGAUGUUGCAAUGAGAAGACCUAGUACUCGAGUUCCUUUUAUUAUAUUAUGUCGUAUGCAUAAGGAGAGACUUUUAAGACAUAAUUGUUGUCCUUCCUGUGGACUAUUUUGUUCACAAGGUAGAUUUGUUCAAUGUACUAAUGGCCAUCAAUAUCACAGAGAAUGUGAAGUGUAUCCAAAUAAAAAAGGAGCUUGUCCACAUUGUGGGAGUGAAAGUACAAUAUAUGAUGUAAUGGUAACUGUUAGCGGAAUGCGAAGACCUGUAUUUAUACCAACAAGGAAGAAAUUUUCUAAAUUACCAUCUGCGAAAAUGAGCUUACCUGGUAAAGGAGAUAAUACAAAAUUAGCAGAACGUCCACCUAGUCCUUUAAUAAAGCCUGAGAUUAUUAAGAUACCAGAACCAUCAAUUAAUGCAGAAAGACCAGAACGUUAUACUAUCAUGAGUCUUUAUACAUCUGUAAAAAAUGGUGAUUUAGAAAAGUUGGUAAAUGUACUAGCGUGUGGUUACAAUGCAAAUCAUAUAUUUAAAGAAUAUGCUCAUCGUAGUAGUCUACAUAUUGCUGCAGACAAGGGUCACUUGUCUUGUGUGCAUGUCUUAGUACAAGGUGGUGCUCAAUUGGAUGUGAUGGAUAGAAAUCAAUUGACACCUUUGAUGUUAGCAGCUAGUAAAGGGCAAGCUGAUGUGGUCAAAUAUUUAGUCAGGAUAGGUGCAGAUGUAACUAUGAAAGGUGAAGAUGGCAUGACUGCUUUACAUAUGGCUGCAAAAUCUGGUCAUUUAGAAAUAUGUCAAAUUAUUUUAACAGAAUGUAAAGUUCCAAGAACUUUAGUAGAUUCUGUGGAUGAUGGUGGAUGGACAAGCUUAAUUUGGGCAUGUGAAUUUUGUCAUACCGAUGUAGCAAGAUUUCUUUUAGAUAAGAAAUGUGAUCCGUUAAUCAGAGAUGCAGAACAGAAUAUAGCACUUCACUGGAGUGCUUAUAGUGGAAGUGCAGAAAUUACUGAAUUGCUUUUAAAUGAAGGAUGUGAUGUAAAUGCAGUAAAUGUUCAUGGUGAUACUCCAUUACAUAUUGCUGCAAGACAAGAUCAGUAUGCGGUUAGUGUUUUAUUGUUAGCUCGAGGAGCAAAAAUAGGAGAAGUUAAUGCAGCUGGGGAAACGGCAGUAAAUUGUUGUACAAAUGAUGGUGAUACUGUGUCAGCAUUAAGAUUAAAUGCUAAAGUUAAUGAAUUAUCUGAACAUAUGUGGGAAAAAACUGUUAAAAUAUUAACAAACGACAUUUCACGUGGUAAAGAAACAAACCCAAUACAAUGUGUUAAUGGUUAUGAUUCUGAAGACAAACCAACAGAUUUUCUUUAUGUAACUGAAAAUUGUUUUACCAGUAAUAUACAUGUUGAUCGUACAAUAACAUCUUUGCAGUCUUGUAGAUGCGAAGAUAAUUGUAGUUCUGAAAAGUGUCUCUGUGGAAAUAUAAGUUUAAGAUGUUGGUAUGAUGAAGAGGGGAAACUUAUUCCAGAAUUUAAUUAUACAGAUCCUCCUAUGUUAUUUGAAUGCAAUCCAGCUUGUGAUUGCAAUCGGAUAACUUGUAACAAUCGAGUUGUUCAACAUGGUUUGACACAGAGAUUUCAGUUGUUUAGAACAAAGGGUAAAGGUUGGGGUCUUAGAACUUUACGUCAUAUUCCAAAGGGUACAUAUGUUUGUGAAUAUGUAGGAGAAAUUAUUUCGGAUUCUGAAGCUGAUCAUCGAGAGGAUGAUUCAUAUUUAUUUGAUUUAGAUAAUCGGGAUGGAGAAACAUACUGCAUUGAUGCAAGACGUUAUGGAAAUAUUGCACGAUUCAUUAAUCAUUCUUGUGCACCUAAUUUAUUACCAGUACGAGUGUUUGUCGAACAUCAAGAUUUGCAUUUCCCUAGGAUAGCAUUCUUCGCUAAUCGAGACAUCGAAGCUGACGAAGAGCUCGGCUUCGAUUAUGGGGAAAAAUUCUGGAUAAUAAAAUGCAAGUCUUUCACAUGUACCUGUGGAGCUGAAAACUGCCGAUAUUCAGAGAAGACUAUACAAGUAACGUUGGAUAACUAUCGGAGAAAAAUACAGCAAGAAGAAAUGCUCUCCGGUCAAACAUCGUAAUUUUCAAUGAGAAUCUAGUUGAUUUUAUGCUCUUAUAUUACGAGAUAAUAUUACGCUUUUUAUUAUUUUUUAAUGGGGAACUAAUUAAAUCUCCGUAAUUUUUAUUUCAAUACUUUUUUCCCUUUCCCAAGAGUACAAGUACAAAUGGUGAUGGGACGUAGAGAUUUUAAAAGGAUAACUGAUCCAGUUAUACCUCGCAUUCAAAGUUAGGAAUGAACUGAAUUUAUUUUCAGUUCAAUGAUAGUUUCCUCAGGUUUGGCCAUACUUUCCUAUUCAGCCGACUUUUUGGAAGAAUAAUGCCUUUGGUGAACGUGCCACUCAUCGAUUUUAUUUAGUGAAACAGCGAUAGACAUAAUGCGUUAGCGUUAAACUGUUACCGUACAUAUUGUACGAAUCACAGGAGAAAUGAGAGAUACGACUUUUUUCAACUGUAAUUAUAAUAGAUUUUAAAUAUGUUGUGUGAGAGAUUAGAAGUGAACGAAUUUAUCGUCAAAAUAAAUCAAUUGUAACUGAACGACGUCCGUGAAAUUAAACCUCUAUUCUAAAAUAAUA